UGAGAGUGAGAGAGAGAGAGAAAGAGAUCUGAGAGCAGAGAGAGAGAGAGAGAGAAGGGGAAGAGAGAGAGACUAAAGGAACGCAGUCAGUUGCCUGUGCUGCUCAGUACCAGAAACAGGGAGCUGGGGAGGAAAUGGAGGGGCUCAGGAUCAUCGGCGGGAACUGACAUUACAGACCAGGAGAGGAGAGGAGAGGAGAGGGAGAACUAUUGGAGAGGAGAGGAGGAAAGGAAGGGGCUCGUCUGCACAACAGAAGAUUUCUAAGGAGAGAGCCCAGGGUUGAAUGGGACCCACUAUGCCGCCCAGUAAGAAGGCCAGGAGCCAGAACAACGGAUUAGUAACCACCCAGGGUCUGAGUCCUUUCUACAGGGAGGCGGAGGCAACAGACCUGUCCUUGUCCCUGUCGGCCUCCUUCUCCAAGGCCGAGGACGAGGAGCUCACCAGCCUCUCCUGGCUCCACGAGAGCACCAACCUUCUCAACAGCUUCUCUCACUCGGGGCUCCGCUCCGUCUCCCCCCUGCAGGACCCUGAUGGUCACCCCCUACCCCCCCUCUCCCCUUCCUCCUCCUCCCCCUCCCCCGAUCCAUGUGACUCCUCUUCCUACGACAUGGCCACGGGAGCCAAUAGGAAGCCCCCAUAUUCCUUCAGCUGCCUAAUCUUCAUGGCAAUAGAGGAUGCGCCAUCCAAGAGGCUGCCGGUGAAAGAUAUCUAUGGUUGGAUCCUGGAGCAUUUCCCCUAUUUUGCUAGCGCCCCUACUGGCUGGAAGAACUCGGUGCGCCAUAAUCUGUCGCUCAAUAAGUGUUUCAAGAAGGUGGACAAGGACAGGAGUCAGAGUAUAGGUAAAGGCUCGUUGUGGUCCAUAGAUCCAGAGUACAGACACAACCUGAUCCAGGCCUUGAAGAAGACCCCGUACCACCCCUACUCGCCGGGACUGGUUACCCCCUUCACCUCUUCUCCCAGCUCUCCUCAGGCAUAUCACAGUCCUCUACUUUGGCCAAGGAGGCCCUUCUUCAGAAAGAAUGGAGUUCUCUUACAAGUUUCUCAAGGCGUGAUCCAAAAUGGGGCCUGCGUCAGGAGCCAUUGUCUGUUUCCUGUGAUCCGACCCCUACCCAUUAGCCCCGUGGGCAGAAGGACCACUGCGAUAAGGUCAGCUCUAGGAGACUACCUGACCCCCUGUGACCCCUCCCACCCUCCCAGCGACGACCUCCAGGAAGACCACAACUACAGCAAUGCCAAAUCCCCCAGCAUGCCCUGUUCUUCCCAGGGGCCCUCCGUGUCCAACGAAGACGAUGAAAUCAUUGCAGUGGAGUUGGGAGUCCACCGAGGGGUCAAAUCCGAACCUAAAGAAAUCCCACUGGAUUCUGCCUCCGUCUCCUUCCUAUCCCAGCAUGCCCGGCGACGGGGACUGCCCUGGACCAAAAACCGCCUGCGGGCCCUGGGUGACACACUGCCGCUGAAGAAGCGCCGUUCGGCAGCAUCGGCAGAGAAGCCGCCGUUGGAGAGCGAUGAUGAGGAGAUGAAGGAGGCGGCUGGGUCGUUGCUCCACCUGGCGGGAGUCAGGGCGUGCCUCAACAACAUCACAAACCGAGCCAAGGCUGCUCAGAAAGAGAAGGAGCAGAAAGAGGCCCUCAGAAACUAACUAAUGCCAGGCCAUAGAGAGGCCUACACAUCAGGCCUGUACACCUGGCCUACACACCUGGCCAGUACACCUGGCCUACACACCUGGCCAGCACACCUGGACUACACACAUAUCGCCAUGGCCUAGAAAGUAAUAGCUGAGACUCGCCACAAAGACCAACGGCUGAAAGCAGCUGGUUGGUGUGGUGUGUUGCAAGGCGUGUUGCAAGGUGUGUUGCAAGGUGUGUUGCAAGGUGUGUUGCAAGGUGUGUUGCAAGGUGUGUUGCAAGGUGUGUUAGCAAUCACCUGCUGGGUGUUGACAAAUGGUGGAGAUUCAACAUUUAGAAACGUUGUGAAAUGAACAGAAAAGGACAGCAGAUAUUCUGGUCAGAGUAGAUAGGAAGGACACCAGCUGCUUCUAACCAUUGGUGGUGUGUUGUGUCUCUGAUGCCUGAUUCCCACUAUUGACCCAAACUAAAGCCUAUACUGUGCUGGCUCUGAACAUGUAUUUUCAGAUUGUCCUUUCCAGCAUGGUUCCAGCAGCAACUAUGGUGGAUGAGGGUAACCAGGCCAGGAAGCCCCAGUACAUCUCGGCUUGGCUCAGCUCAACUUUGGCUUCCAUAGUGUGAAAGGGUAUAUGGCCAGGCCUGAGCACUGAGUCCUUCAGUAGGACUACACACCAGGUCUCCACACUGACCUAUCAACCACCAACGGGCCAAGACAUAGAACUCUAUUCAAGCAUGAGUCUCAAUAGACAUUACUUCAUCUAUCUCUCUCUCUCUAUCUCUCUCGAGCUCUCUUUCUCUCCUCCAGGGGCAUUAGGAGCAUCCUACUUAUUUGUGGCAAUAUUAGAAAUCCAUGUUUUCCUAUACGUUUCCUAUAUGUUUCCUAUACGUUUCCUAUAUGCUUCGUAUACGUUUCCUAUACAUUUCCUAUACGUUUCCUAUACAUUUCCUAUACGUUUCCUAUACGUUUCCUAUACGUUUCCUAUACGUUUACUAUGUGUUUCCUAUGUUUCCUGUAUGUUUCCUGUACGUUUCCUAUACGUUUCCUAUAUGUUUCAAUGCUAACUCUGAUGGGUAAUUGAUUCUCAUGUGUCUCUGUUGAUGUUUUUAUGUUGUGUAAAGGGAUGCAAGCCAUAGAAAAAUAUGUUUUGUCACUAAUUAGGGAAAAACAUAGUAGAAAAUGUCAUGUUUGAGGAGACGAGCUGACCGUUUUGUGUAAUCUGUAAGUGUCAGAGGUUACGUCUGUGAAUCUGUAGCAAAUGUCCAGUAAUGUAAGCAAGGAAGUUGAGCCAAUAUUACUUACAGUUUUAAAACAGUUAAAACCUGUUGCUCACACAUCCUACGCCCAUGAGCACAACAUGUAAGACUGUGCCAAAGACAAGCGACCAGGUUGCCUGAUGUAGCCAAUCUGCUUACAAAGACAAAUGUAAAGGCAUAGCAACAUCAUAUAUGGUCACGUAUGGCUCAGUUGGUGGAGCAUGGCUGUUGCACCACCUAGGGUUGUGGAUUCAAUACCCGUGGCUACCCGCAGAAAUUGUAUUCAUGCACGACUGUACGUUGCUUUGGAUAAAAGCAUCUGCUCAAUGGCAAUAUAGUAUUACAUCAGAAGAGCUUCAGAGAAGAGACAGGAGAAUACCGUAAAUGUCUAAACAAUUGUAAAAAUCCGCUCUUAGAAAAUCAUGCAUGCACUUAAUUGACAUUCAUUACAGCUAUUACUAUUACCAAUAGUAAAGGCAUCAUGGAGAACGGGGCACGAUUCCUUUAAGAGCACUUUUUAAUAUUUAAGGAUAAUUAGAACUUUACUUUUACAAUAUUUUUGUUGUCAUGGUGACGACUUAGUGCCGGGUCAGAGGCAAUAUAUCUCCUCCAUCUUGUGCUUGUUGCUCAUCUGCAUCUGAAACGGCACCCUAUUCCCUUUAUAGUGCACUACCUUGUCCAGAGCGUCAUGGGCUCUGGCCAAAAGUAGUGCACUAUAUAGGGAAUAGGGUGCCAUUUCAGACACAGUUUCACUUAGACUAUGUCCCUCAAACUCUUCCAGAAUAUAUCUUCUAUUAAAAAGUGAAUGUCAGUUUAAAUAUACCCCAUGUUACGACACCUGCCUAUCCUUUAACAGACUCACAAAACUAUUUACAUAAAUUGUGGAUUUGUUGUCGUUUUAUCUCUGUUUGAAAUGUUUCCCAUUCUUCCUCUACCUACUCUCAUAAAAGUAUAAGCAAUUUGUCCAGUCUGGACAACUGUAAAAAGGUUAGAAAAUAUUUUAUUUUUCCUUUCUUAAUUGAAGCAAUUUGACCUGCAGGACUUUCUCAGUUAUAUUGCAUGGGUGCUUGUAAAUAAGAUACAAAAGUAAAUCAUUUUUUAUUCAAAGAUCAUGUAAUAUAAACAAUGUAUUUAGCAUGAAGCAUGACUUAUUUUCAUAUAAACUUAGAUCCUACAAGAGAAAACUAAGUUUUUGCAGACAAUUCUUAUACCCUUGAUUUUUGUUUAAUUUAAUUUGAUUUUUUUUGUGUGUAAAUUGAUAAUUGUAUUUCUUCAGAUGAGCAGAUUUAUAAAGACAAAUCUUCUUCAAGGACAAAUGUUAUGGGGAAAUCACUCUGCAAUUAUGAGGCCCUUCUACUCUGGCCUUUAGGUAUAACAGACCUGGGUUUAAAUACUAUUUGAAAGCGUUCAAAUACUUUGAAUGACCUUGAGUGCCAGAUGGGCGGGGUUUGUACUUUGGGACUUUUCUAUUUGUUCCAUUGAGGCAAGCCCUAUCAAGCACAGCCCAAGUAUUUUAAAUUAUGUCAAAUACUGUAGCGUUUAAACCCAUGUCUGUUAGGUAUAAGGCUAGAUUGAAAAACCUCUAGUCUUCUGCCUCUUAAAAUAUAAAUAUGUCAAUGGUCUAGUGUUUUUCAGAAGUUAUCAAUAGUGUGUGUGUGUGAGUGUUUGUCCAACAACCAUACACCCUUUAACAUUGUGCCUGUUCUCAAGGCGUUGUGUUCCGAUGUCUUUGAUUGACAUGAUUUCAUAUUGAACAGCACAUAUUUCUUUAUUUAUCACAGUAUUUUCUCAUUUUGUGAAUAUGUUACCAUUGGGUCCGAGUUUUCUCCUGGCAGAAACCUCAGUGUAAACUGACGGAGUAUAAGGAACUGUUUAACAUGGAAUUUAGAAUUCGUCAGAAUGUUCAGAACAAGUUCCACUGUUCUAAUUGGCUCCCUAGUCUACACCAGAUUAGCAUAGGCAAACCGUUUGUUCAAAGUUAUGUCAGAUACAAUAUAUUAAUGUAUGACUCAAUAGAGCCUGUUUUAUGGAUUAUUUACUUUGGAAAAAUGACAGUACAAAGGAAAAGUAUUAUAUAAUGAGCGAUGUUUAAACCCUGCCAAUUGUUUAAGUUUUGAGUGAUUCAGUACAUUUAGCCCUGCCGUAGAUGAUUAGUGUAAGCUAUAAUGAGAAUACAUUAAAGCCUUAGUCAGUUCAUGCUCUGGUAUGUUCAUAUAUACAUGCAUACAUUUACAUUUUACCUUUAUUUAACUAGGCAAUUCAGUUAAGAACAAAUUCUUAUUUACAAUGACGGGCCUGCCUAGAACAACAGAUGUACCUUGUCAGCUUGGGGAUUUGAUCCAGCAACGUUUCAAUUACUGACUCAAAGCUCUAACCACUAGGCUACCUGCUGCCCAAAACUGUACAUACAUACAUACAUACAUACUGUACAUACAUACAUACAUACAUACAUACAUACAUACAUACAUACAUACAUACAUACAUACAUACAUACAUACAUAUUUACAUUGGAGUGAGAUAAUGAACAUGUUUCUGGUACAACCAGCAGAGGUAAUAAGGUUUGGACUGAGGUUAUGUGCAGAGUAGAGUCAGAGUAGAGCCAGAGUAGAGUCAGAGUAGAGUCAGAGAGGUCCAGAGAGUGUCAGAGUAGAGUCAGAGUAGAGUCAGAGGUCCAGAGAGUGUCAGAGUAGAAUCAGAUAGAGUCAGAGUAGAGUCAGAGUAGAGUCAGAGUAGAGCCAGAGUAGAGUCAGAUAGAGCCAGAGUAGAGUCAGAGUAGAGUCAGAGUAGAGCCAGAGUAGAGUCAGAUAGAGCCAGAGUAGAGUCAGAGUAGAGCCAGAGUAGAGUCAGAUAGAGCCAGAGUAGAGUCAGAUAGAGCCAGAGUAGAGCCAGAGUAGAGUCAGAUAGAGCCAGAUAGAGCCAGAGUAGAGUCAGAGUAGAGCCAGAGUAGAGUCAGAUAGAGCCAGAGUAGAGUCAGAUAGAGCCAGAGUAGAGUCAGAGUAGAGUCAGAUAGAGCCAGAUAGAGCCAGAGUAGAGUCAGAGUAGAGCCAGAGUAGAGUCAGAUAGAGCCAGAGUAGAGUCAGUGUAGAGUCAGAUAGAGCCAGAGUUGGCUACAGUAGUGGUUUAGGGCAGGGUUUCCUAAACUGGGUCCUGGGGUCCCCCUGGGUGCAUGUUUUGUUUUUGCCGUAGCGCUACCCAGCUGAUUCAAAUAAAUACAGCUUGAUGAUGAGUUGGUUAUUUGAAUCAGCUGUGUAGUGCUAGGACAAAAAAAGUGAAACGUGCACCCAGGGCCACAGGACUGAGUUUGGGAAAUCCUGGUUUAAAUGAAAGGCAGAGAGUGACUACAGUAGUGGUUUAGAGGAAAGGCAGAGAGUGACUACAGUAGUGGUUUAGAGGAAAGGCAGAGAGUGACUACAGUAGUGGUUUAAAGGAAAGGCAGAGAGUGACUACAGUAGUGGUUUAAAUGAAAGGCAGAGAGUGACUACGGUAGUGGUUUAAAGGAAAGGCAGAGAGUGACUACGGUAGUGGUUUAGAGGAAAGCCAGAGAGUGACUACGGUAGUGGUUUAGAGGAAAGGCAGAGAGUGACUACGGUAGUGGUUUAAAGGAAAGGC